AUGUCCUCUUCGGCCGUCACCAGUGCAGAACAAUUGCCCAAUGAGCAUAAUCCCCAGAGCAAACCGGAUAUAUCGCUGAAAGACCGUUUUUUCCGCUAUUUUCAGCAUGAGAUUACAGCCCUUCAGGAGCAAAUGGACCAUCUGGGUUCCACUUCGCUGAUUGGAGGAGAACGCGCUGAUGCUAUCGAUCAUUGUCUAGCUGGGAUUGCUCGACUGUCAAGCGAAGUGAAAGAUGCGUCAGCUUCCAUUCCACCAUAUGACCAGCGGAUAUACGCUGAUGCAAUCAAAGCGCUCCAAGACAAACUUGCGGAAGUACGAGCGAGUUUUGCGCCGCGCUCUAAAUUUUCCUUUAAAACCGCUCGCAAAAACCCCUCUGCGAUAUCUUUAGCAGAUGCCGAGGAGAUAGCUGCUCAGGGUCGCCGCCACAUUCCUGGGUAUCGAUCCAAUGAUAAUUCGCUUCAGUCGUCCGCCAGCCCAUCACCGAUAUCCUCGUCAACUCCCAUCAAUGAUUGCAUGUCCAUUCUUCAACAAAACUCUUCCGCCCCGCUUAAAACUACCAAGAAUCCCGGGGUUCUAGAUAAUGGUGGCGCCAACAGUCCCAAGAGUUCUACCACCAAAUAUUCCACCACUGCGGGGUCUGCAACUGUAUCUGUGAGUUCGCAUACUGGUGUUCACGUGGUGCUACCAAUUUCUGCGUCAAAGCCUGCCACGCCUGCCUCCAUAAGUUCUUUACAACAUUGCGUUGUCGAUAUGUCAAUUCCUACAACUGAGCAGCCGUUCGCUAGCCUUAUCACAAAAGACAUCACCGAAAGUCUACUUCUCUGUGGGCAAGUGAAUGGCCCUGCGCAUAUUACCGGGGUCAAGAACAGCGUUAUUGUGGUCACAUGUCAUCAAUUUCGAAUGCACAAUUGCCAGGAUGUAGAUGUCUAUCUCAGUUGUUCCAGUAAACCAAUCAUUGAAGACUGCAGCGGUAUCCGGUUCGGGAACAUUCCAGAAAUCUAUGCUUCAAGACCCACAAAAGGAAACCAAUCAGACAUGUGGAACCAGGUGCAAGAUUUCAAAUGGAUUAAAGCUGAACAAAGCCCUAACUGGAGAAUUAUGGACGAGAAUAAGAGAAUCCCAGAAGAUGUGUGGGAAAAUGUCGUCCGUGGCGCGCCUGAAGUAUCAGUUGACAUGAUUCUAAAGGCGGUAAAGAUAAUUGGGUCUUGA